UAAGGAAGAAAGAAGUACGAAGGACAGAAAACCAAGAUGUUGGUGCUAUCUAAUGAUACAGCCCUGAAUUCACUCCUCUCCAAGCUCCUUCAAGACUACCUGGAGCAGACAAACAGCUCUGCACCUUUCCAGGUCAGAAGUGCCAGCAGCAAUCUGGAAAUCAUCUACGUGCUACUGAUGGUUGGCCUCUUUGGCUUCUUCACAGUGGGAGUCAUGCUGACCAACAUCCGCGCCAGGAGGCUGGAGGACUCCCAUGACCCCUACAACACCUAUAUUGCCACAGACAUUUGGCACAAGAAGGACAGGGAGUAUUUUCAAGCCAAGCUCAUAGAAAAUUACAAGCUGUGCUGUGUCUUUGAAAACCAGCUGGCUGUGGAGCAGCCAAGCAUGCAGAUUCCUGAGGUGAAGUCUUCCUAGCAAAACAGGAGAAAGGAUUGUACUUUGCACAGUGACGACCCAGAUGAUACCUGGUAUGAACCAGGCUAGCUGCUUGCCCAUCUGCAGAGCUGCAGGUGAUGGCCUCAGUCAAGCCGAAUAACUGUGAACUGAUGGUGAAGCUGAUGGGUCUGUGAUGACCCUGGUGCUAUAAAAGUGCCUGGUCACCAGUACCCUGUUGCAACCACUGCAAGGUAAAGGAGGGGGACACACAGCCAGAGUAUCAUAGACUCAUCAGCUUCACCUAGUGAAAAAAGUAAAUGUUGGUGUUGACAGUGUGAACGCUUGCAGUAGUGCAUGUAAUUAAAACCAAAUUGCAUCAAACACAAGCUAGAGGCGUUAACAGCCAAGUAUGGUUUAGGCAAUCAUUUUCAAGUAAGACCAGUUUCUUCCAGGAAAAAGUAGCUGAAAUAUUUCAUUUCCAUCUUUGUCCAGCAUAGAAUAAUAAUUUUAUAAAGUGUACAAUGUUG